AAAUUGUUGAAGCAAAUUGUGAAGGAAGAUUAUAGGGAGGAGAUUGGGGAUAUGAAGGCAUGGAGAAUCAAGAAGACAGCAAUUGAGAAGGUCCGUGGUUCUAUUAGGGACCAAUACAAAAGCUUAUAUCAUUAUGCUGCAGAGUUGAGGAGGAGCAACCCAAACUCCACUAUUGUAGUUGAGCAACGAGAACAAGUGUUCAAUCGCAUGUAUGUAUGCUUUGAGGCAUCAAUGAAAGGUUUUAGAGCAGGCUGCAGGCAAGUCAUAUGCAUCGAUGGAUGCUUCCUCAAGCAUGAUUAUGGUGGCCAGCUGCUAUCUGCCGUUGGUAUUGAUGCGAACGAGCAAUAUUUUCCCAUCGCAUUUGCUCAUGUUGAGGUGGAGAACAAGGAUAAUUGGCUUUGGUUCCUGGAGCUUUUGGGAACCGAUUUGCAUAUUAAUGAUAAUCCUGGAUGGACAUUCAUUUCUGACAAGCAAAAGGGUCUAAUGCCAGCACUAGAUGAGGUGUUUCCCUCUAGUGAGAAGCGUCAUUGUACCAGGCAUCUUGUGACCAAUCUAAGUGCUGCAUGUGGAUCAUCAGCGAGGGUUAAGGAGCUAUUCUGGGAAGCAGCUAGAGCCACCACUGUCUCUGAAUUUCAAGUUGCUAUGAGAAGCCUGUCGGAUUACAACAAGCCCUCUUAUGAUUGGCUUGUUGACAAG